AUGACUGCACCAUCGUUCCUGCUACUGCUGCCCCUGCUGCUCGCUGGCCCCACUGCUGCCACACUGGUCAGGGUCCCUCUCCGCCGAGUCCACCCCAGAGCCAGGACCCUCGGUUCUCUGAGCGGAUGGGGGAAGCUAGCAGAACGCCUGAGUGUGGGGGCCUCGUCUCCUGGGAAUAGGUCCACUUUUGUACCUCUUUCUAACUACUUGAAUGUCCAGUAUUUUGGGGAAAUUGGACUGGGGACGCCCCCACAGAACUUCUCUGUCGUCUUUGACACUGGCUCCUCCAACCUCUGGGUCCCAUCCAGGAAAUGUCACCUCUUAAGUUUGCCAUGCUGGUUCCACCACCGCUUCGAUUCCAGUGCCUCCAGCACCUUCCAGCCCAAUGGGACCAGGUUUGCUAUUCAGUAUGGAACUGGACGGCUGAGUGGCAUCCUGAGUGAGGACAAGCUGACGAUUGGAGGAAUCAAGGGUGCAUCCGUGGUUUUCGGGGAAGCCUUGUGGGAGCCCAGCCUCGUCUUCACGUUUGCCCACUUCGAUGGUAUACUGGGCCUCGGUUUUCCCAUUCUGGCCGUGGACGGAGUUCGACCCCCCCUGGAUAUACUAGUGGACCAGGGGCUAGUGGACAAGCCUGUCUUCUCCUUCUACCUUAACAGGGACCCCGAAGGGACUGAGGGAGGAGAGCUGGUCCUCGGGGGCUCAGACCCGGCUCACUACUUCCCACCCCUCAUCUUCGUGCCGGUCACCAUCCCCGCCUACUGGCAGGUCCACAUGGGCAGUGUGAAGGUGGACACAGGCCUGACUCUCUGUGCCCGGGGCUGUGCUGCCAUCCUGGACACGGGCACAUCCCUCAUCACAGGACCCACUGAAGAGAUCCGGGCCCUAAACAUAGCCCUUGGAGGUGUGCCCAUGCUAACUGGACAGUACAUCAUUGAUUGUUCGAAACUCCCAACGCUACCCCAAGUCUCCCUCCUCCUUGGAGGGGCCUGGUUUAACCUAACAGCACAAGACUAUGUCAUUCAGAUUUCUCGGUUUGGGGUCAAACUCUGCCUGUCUGGCUUCCUGGCCCUCGACAUUCCUCCGCCAGCGGGGCCUCUCUGGAUCCUUGGCGACGUCUUCCUGGGGAGCCACGUGGCUGUCUUCGACCGCGGGGACAAGCUGGGCAGCCCCCGAGUGGGACUGGCCCGCGCCCGCCCUCGGGAGGCGGGACAAUGAGGGGGCGUGUCCGCGCAGGCGCAGUUCUUCUGA